GAGCGGAGGCGCCGCCGGCAUUCUCCGCCGCGGCCACCCCUCGCCUCCUCCCGCGCGCGGCCGGCGAGCAGACCCGGGGGCACGGUGUACCCUGCCUCCUCCCCUCCCCCCCCACUCCCUAGCCAGCUAGCCUUCUCCUCUGUGCGGACUCCCUACUCGUACGCACAGCCGGUCCGGCGAGCAGGUUUGGAGAGGGGGCGGCGCUGCCACUGCCUCGUUCCACUGGUCUGGGUUCGAAUCGAGCUGAACAAUGACUGCUCAGACCAAGAAGAGGGGCGGGGCGGAGAGCGGGAAUGGCAGCACCGGCUUGGGCCUUGCCGCCUUCAUCGCCAACGGCGAGGACUUGGGCCCUAUUGUUCGCCACGCGUUCGAGUCCGGGAAGCCCGAGUCUCUUCUGCAAGGUCUCAGGGGCAUCGUGAAGAUGAAGGAGGUUGAGAUCGAGGAGCUCUGUAGGGUCCACUAUGAGGAGUUCAUCCUUGCUGUUGAUGAGCUGCGCGGUGUGUUGGUUGACGCCGAUGAGCUUAAGGGUACGCUUUCCGGUGAAAACCUGCGCCUGCAAGAGGUUGCUAGCUCCCUGCUGUUGAAGCUUGACGAGCUCCUUGAGUUGUAUUCUGUAAAUAAGAAUGUUGGGGAAGCUCUGGCAACAUUGAAGAUCUGUUUGCAAGUCACUAGUCUGUGCCAGAUGUGCAACAAGGACGUUACAGAAGCCAACUUUCAUGUUGCCUUGAAAAGUUUGGAGUUGAUUGAGAAAGAUUUCCUGCAAAAUGUUCCUCUAAAGCUUCUAAAAAGGGUCGUUCAGAAGCAAAUACCUAUGAUAAAGCUGUAUAUUGAGAAGAAGGUUUGCAAUGAAUUUAAUGAGUGGCUUGUGUAUAUCAGAAGGGCAUCGAAGGAGAUUGGCAAGGUUUCGAUCAGCCAGGCCUCCUUGGCCCGUCAGAAAAAUGAGGGAGUACGAUCCCAACAGAGGGAAGCAGAAGACUGCAGCCAGAUUGGGUUUGACGAGCAUGCUUAUGCUUUGGAUGUGGAGCUCAUAGGUGAAGAGGAAGUACUGGAAUUUGAUCUUACACCAGUAUACCGAGCACACUACAUUCACACCUGCCUUGGUCUUGGGGAAAAAUUUCAAGAGUAUUACUACAAUAACAGGCUUAUGCAACUUAAUUUGGACAUGCAGAUUCCCACGACGCAACCCUUCAUGGAAUCCCAUCAGCAUUUCCUUGCUCAGGUAGCUGGGUUUUUUAUUGUUGAGGACCGUGUCCUUCGAACGGCAGAUGGGCUUCUUUCUGAUAGUCAGGUUGAGACAAUGUGGGAGAAAGCUAUUUCUAAGGUCACAUCUAUCUUGGAAGAACAAUUCUCUCGUAUGGAUGCUGCUAACCAUCUCCUCCUUGUAAAGGACUAUGUAACUCUUCUAGGUGCAACCAUGAAGAAGUAUGGAUACCAAACCACAUCAUUGCUUGAAAUUCUUGAGAAGAAUAGGGACAAAUUCCUUCAACAACUUCUUUCUGAUUGCCGGAAAAAGAUAGAUGGCAUCUUCGCUAAGGACUCAUAUGAGCAGAUGGUUAUUAAGAAGGAAAAUGAGUACCGCAUCAAUGUUUCAGCAUUUCAACUUGAACCCAUUGAUGUUGUUCCGGAUUUUCCAUAUAUAGCACCAUUUUCCUCUUCAGUUCCAGAUGCUUGCCAUGUCGUGCGCUCGUUUAUUGAAGAUUCUGUGAACUACUUGUCAUAUGAUGCUAUAAUGGAUGUCUAUGAUGUGGUGAAAAGAUACCUAGACAAGCUCUUAAUUGAGGUACUAAAUGAUGGUCUUCUGAAUUUGAUACAUGGUGGUUGUUUGGAGGUUACACAAAUGGUGCAGAUUGCAGGAAAUAUUUCUGUUCUUGAGCAGUCCUGCGACACAUUCCUCAAUCAUGCUGCCCAACUUUGUGGUGUUCCUAGGCGUCUUCUUGACAAGCCUCAUUCUGGUUUGACUGCUAGAGCGGUGCUGAAAGCCUCCCAAAAUGCAGCGUACAAUGGAUUAAUAGCCUUGGCCAACUCCAAGAUUGAUGAAUUUAUGUUGCUUUUGACUAGCAUCAAUUGGACCCCAGAGGAAGCUCCCGAACAUGAGAAUGACUACAUGAAUGAGGUUGUCAUCUAUCUUCACACGUUAAUAUCAACUGCACAGAAAGUUUUUCCGAGGGAAGCCCUGUACAAGGUUGUUUGUGGUGCAUUCAGCCACAUCUCAGACUCUAUAAUGACAGUUUUUCUCAGUGACCGGGUGAAAAGGUUCAAUGCCAAUGCUGUUGCAGGUAUUGACAUUGACCUGAAAAAGUUGGAGGAAUAUGCAGAUGAUAAAUAUCACAGCACUGGGUUGUCAGAGCUGAGAAAGGAAACAAGUUUCAGAGAUUGCCUCAUUGAAAUUAGGCAGCUCAUCAAUCUUCUGCUCAGCAACCAGCCAGAGAACUUCAUGAACCCUGUAAUCAGGGAGAAGAAUUUUGGAUCUUUGGAUCAUAAAAAGGUUUCCAUCAUCUGCGACAAAUUUAGAGACGCUCCAGAGAGCUUGUUUGGGAGCCUUUCAGGCCGAAGUACAGGGCAAAGUGCUCGAAAGAAGUCCUUGGAUGUGUUGAAGAGAAGGCUGAAGGAUUUUAGCUGAGAUUAGCUAUGUUGCGUCAAAAAAUAAGUAGUGGUCCCUUGAGAAAAAGAACCAGUGCGUCUAUGGUGGUUAGCCGUUCUAAAUUUUCUUUUCCCCCUUGUAACCCCCGUAGUUCGGCAGCUCUAUGGAAGUUAUGUAGCUAUCAUGGCUUGUAUAGGUCAAUUUUGACUGUUAUGAUGGGCAGUUCUUGCGUUCUCUCGUCAUCUUAAAUCAAGACCUUUAAUGGCUCUAGUA